UUCUUCGACAUGCGUGCUUGUGCCUCCUCGGUCAUCUACUGCGAGAGCAGAGAUCUAGAUCUUCAGACUGUAGAACUGUGGAUCCAGUGAGAUUCGUAGAUUUGAUAUCCUCCCGUAGUCCCGCAGGUCCUACACAUCAAGUUGUAUUAACGAUUGGAGGAAGCUAUUUGGAAAUUCUAGAUUAUUUCGUAUUUUAUUGUGGGACCAUAUCUGAUAUUACAUUAAUCCGUUUAGAUGAUUUACGGAGGAUUUUGCAGGUCUUCUACCUGAUUUGAAUCUACUGUAUUGACUGGACGACUUCCUGCUGAACGGCCCUCGCUUGCGUCAGCCCAGAUUUUCCUCAUCAGUGCGAAGGAGAAUGUUCGAAGCUGAAGAGGAACAAGGGCAGUUCGAGAAUGACCUGAUACCCAUCCAGGAAAGAAUUCUGAACAUUCUGGGACCAUCCUUCGCCAAAAGAGCGGGCGAAAUUGCGUUCGAGGUGGAGCGGUUGCGAGAUUCGAAACCAGCUGUAAUAAUCGACGGGGGCGAUGUGUCCUUCGAGAAGCUGGAGCGAUUUGCUCCUUCUGGUCUUAACGUUGUGGAAAUUGCCGGGCGCAAACUUCUGAUAAACCUAGAGAUUCUGGACGUACGCAUGCCUUGGGGAUCGCAUGUGACCACGCGGAGAUUACGACCUCCUAUUUUUGUGGAUAUUUCACCUGGUCUUUCUAAGCCACGUUUGAUGAACCCUCAGGAUCUUCCCAAUAGUUCACCGGAUGUUGUUGCCAAUUCGCAUCUAUUCUUUAUGACUCUGGACAUAACGGAUAUGAUGCGUGACAUUCGUGGAAUGGUGGCGAUGGGUGAACGGGUUAUUGAGAAACGAAAUCAGUGGUCCAGACAGUGGUGUGUUCCGACGGUGUACGGCUGCCUGCUUGGUUAUCCAGUAGUAUUAUGGAGUAAUUCCGAAGAGGCAAACUAUUGUCUACAGAAGGACACUAAGGUGUGGAAAAUCGAAUGGAUAGACGGAGAGUGCCGACGGCCCCUGUACUCCUUUUUUGUUCCCGAUGUUGUCAUGAACAGUAGUCUAAAGAUCCAUAUCCAGCAGUGGACGGAUCGUAUAUUCGACCGCAAUUUGCCUCAUCAGAAUUAUUAUAUGUUACAAACACUCCAAACCUUUGAGACUGUGAUUUUAUGACGAACAGUAAUCCACCGAUAUCAUACUUUCGUUGUGUUUUCACACAAGCUUUUAAUACAAAUAUUUUUAUUUUGCUUUUAUUGUGCAACUGCUCGUCCUGUCCACCUGUAUGACUGGCUCUGGUUUGUUAGAAACAUUCUUUAAUAACUUGUGCGACAUCUUAUCUUGGAUACUGUCAUUGCUUUAUACUCUUGUCUUUGACAUUUGACGUUUUACUUUUAAUAAACCCUUUUGAUACUGGUUG